AUGGCCGUCCAAUCUCGACGAACAAAGGUGGAGAAGACGAAGGGGAGGAUCCCUGUGGCUCUCCUGCUCCUCGCCCUGGUCGCCGCCGCCUCGCUCCAUGAUCUCGCCGUGGCUGCAGACAGCUCCGGCGCCGCCACGGACGGUGCGUGCGACGGCAAGUGCCGGAGCCGGUGCUCGCUGAAGAAGGCCGGGCGGUGCAUGGGACUCUGCAUGAUGUGCUGCGGCAAGUGCGGCGGCUGCGUGCCGUCGGGGCCCUACGCUAGCAAGGACGAGUGCCCCUGCUACAGGGACAUGAAGUCGCCCAAGAGCCAGCACCCCAAGUGCCCCUAGGACCUCAUCCCCUCACGAGCGCGAUCGAUCCGCGCUUCCGACGUCGAUCUGUGCUUCUGUUCGUGUGCCGUUCGUGUAUCCAGAGAAGUAGUGUGCUGCAAUAAACGAUGUUAGAUCUGUAGUGUUGUUUGUUCUGUGAGA